AAAACUCCGCGUAAACGUGUUCCAUUUUCAAACAUUUUUAUUUGCCGCGAAAAUAUUGAAGUUUUGUUUACGACAAAGAAUAUUUUUCUUGUUUUAAUUAAAAUUACGUUAAAUAUGGAAGGUGUGAAUCACGAAAAUAGUCAAUUUGGUUUGAAAAAUGAUAUAUUCAGUCAGUUUGAUGAUAAUUUCGUCACAGACGAUUAUUUGAAGAGCUAUCAGAAUAGUAUUGGAUCGAGUGAUGUUCAAAUGUGUGAAGGUAAUAUGUUUCUAUAAGUAAUUGAUAUUGAUUAUUUAAAUUAAAUGAAAAUUGAAAGAUUUUUAAUGGAUUUUUAAUGUUGAUAACUGUAAUUUGGUUGUUGAAAUGUGGUUUGCAAAUGAAUGUAUUAAAUUAAUUACAGUAGAAACUCGAUUAACCGGACUAAUUAUUGUCGUUAGGCAUUUGGAUAAUCGAAUUUACGAAGAAAAGCGAAUUUUGUGCAUACAUAUUAUGUUGUACAUAUGAUGUUAUGUAAUUUACGUAAAUACAUUUUAUAUUACCGGUUAAUUUUAAUAGAUAUUAACAUUACAAAUAAUAUACGAAAAAUAAUAAAUUUCUUAACAUUUUUAGAUGCAAAAUCGAACCAAGAUAACGCACAACCUAUAACUAAAACUAAAAUAAUACCAACAUUUGGAAAACAGAAGAAUUUAAAGAAAAACGAUAAAAAAUCGCUUUCAAAACCUAAGAAAUUUGUUCCACCUAUAAAAUGUACUACUAACAGUGAAAACAAUAUUUCUACAACCAAUAUUGGUCCCAAACAUGAUUCAAACCAACAUUUGCAACCAACAUCCAUAUCUAACCAAGAUCUUAUCACCAAUGUUUGUGAUACAAGUCUGACGGAAAUAUCACAUAAUAACAACGAUAUUUAUACAUUUCCUGAUCUAUUAACUUUGGAAAAUACUCCAAAUAUAACGAAUAUAGAAUACACAGAAUCGAAUUAUAACAAUAUUGGUCAUUCUCAAGUAGUAAAUGAAUCUCUACAUGUAAAUAAUGCUAUAGACUCUCAAGAAAAAACUAAAAUUACUAACAAAGGAGUUUUUCUACCGAAAAGGAUGCUUUCAAACAAACUGGGCAGUAUAAUAUCAAGUUCCAUUAACAUUUUAGAAGAUGAAAACACAAUUUUAGAAGAAAAUUUUGAAACAUUUACUCAAAUAUCAAAUUCAGAUAGAUGUAGCGUGAAAAGUUUGUCUCAGAAUCAAAAUCUAUCUUUCUGUUCGGUUACAUCACUUAGUAAAACUUAUAAAAACUUGGAUUGUAAUAGUUUUAAAACCGAAACUCAUAGAAUACCACAAGGUGAUGAGUUUUUUAAUCUAUUUAAAAGUAAUAUUGUGUGUAGUGAUGACAAAAAGCCAGUGCCAAUGACCACAGAAUAUGGUGAUAUAGGUUUUAAUUUAAAAUAUUCUGAUUAUAUCAAAAAUGUUGGAGAAAUGUUUGAAAGAACCGAUGAAGAGAUGGAUGUGAUUUUGAAAAUUGUUAAUAUGUAUCCUAAAGAGAAUAGUUUGAUGAAGAAAAAGUUGGCAAAGUAGGGUUUUAGGAAUAAAAUUGAUAUUUAAAUAUUGGUUCGUGUUUGAUUUCGUGUCACAAUUCAAUGAGUAGUACCCUUAGUAUCAGUUUGCUUUAUGUUUAAUAUAAUCAAAACGAGAGCGCGUUCGGUCCUCUGAUUGGCCAGCUCGAAUAAACCAACCAAUCAGCGCCGAACACGCUCUCCUUUUGAUUACUUUGAACAUAAAACAAACUAGUACUAAUGGUAAUGGCAAUAGGCUCACCACCUAUUACAUGGGACUCACAACAUAAAUUGUGAAAAGUGGGUGUACACAGUGGCAUUACGUGCCAUAAUGUGCACCUCUGCCUACCCCUUCGGGGAUUAAAGGGGUGACGAUAUGUAUGUAUGUAUGUAUUACUAAUGGUACUGAUU